CCUGUCUGCGGGAUCCUGUGUCAUCUCCCGCUACAUGUGUGCAGGAAAAGUCAGUGCUGCUCGCUGUGCCUCUCUGUUUCCCUUUCAUUCUCGCUUGCACUGAAGCAGGGAGCAGGAUUAGCUCGUGGCACUGGCUAUCAGAGGAGCGUAGAUAAAAGGCACAGCUCCUUCAGCGCCACUGCUGCAGCAACCCUUGUAAUCUCCCCCCUUCCCCACAACAGUUGUGCCUCAUUAUCCACUGCCUGGCUUAAUUUUUGUGCCCGGGUGUGUACUGGAAGGGGCUUGAAGUUUCCCCUGCUCCACCACUGUGGCAGAAGAAGGAGAGAUGUUCUAUAGCCUGGCCAUGAGGUCCUGAUUGUUCUGCGUUUAUGAAUGAAACUGACCUCAGUCACCUGUUACCUCCAGUUUCUAGAUUGUUUGAAGUUCUGCGGCUGUACCCUACAGGACCGAGGGCACCGAGACUCCAGUAUACAAGGACCCUACAGUACAGUCUGCAGCAUGAGCUGGCUGAACAGGAUCGCACUGCUUUUCUUGGGAGUAUUACUAGCAGAAAGAGUGAACUGCCAGCAUGUGAAGAAUAACGUGCCAAGACUCAGAUUAUCCUAUAAAGAGAUGUUGGAAACCAACAAUGUAAUCACUUUCAAUGGACUAGCCAAUAGCUCCAAUUACCACACUUUCCUUUUGGAUGAGGAACGGAGUAGACUAUAUGUUGGAGCAAAGGAUCACAUAUUUUCUUUCAACCUGGUUAACAUCAAGGAAUAUCAAAAGAUUUUUUGGCCUGUGUCUCAUACCCGAAGGGAUGAGUGUAAGUGGGCUGGAAAAGAUAUUCUGAAAGAAUGUGCUAAUUUCAUCAAAGUGCUUAAAGCUUACAACCAGACUCACUUGUAUGCCUGCGGAACUGGGGCUUUUCAUCCAGUUUGCACCUAUAUUGAAAUUGGACGACAUCCUGAGGACAUCAUUUUUAAACUGGAGGAUUCACAUUUUGAAAAUGGACGAGGAAAAAGCCCCUAUGACCCCAAAUUGCUGACAGCUUCUCUUUUAAUAGAUGGAGAAUUGUACUCUGGGACAGCAGCAGACUUCAUGGGUAGAGAUUUUGCCAUUUUCCGAACUCUGGGGCACCAUCAUCCAAUCAGGACAGAGCAGCAUGAUUCCCGUUGGCUGAAUGAUCCCAGGUUUGUUAGUGCCCACCUAAUACCGGAGAGUGAUAACCCAGAAGAUGACAAAAUCUAUUUCUUCUUCCGUGAAAAUGCAAUUGAUGGAGAGCACUCUGGAAAAGCCACCCAUGCCAGAAUAGGGCAGAUCUGUAAGAAUGACUUUGGUGGACACAGAAGCCUUGUUAAUAAAUGGACAACUUUCCUUAAAGCACGCCUGAUUUGUUCUGUGCCAGGGCCCAAUGGCAUUGAUACUCAUUUUGAUGAACUACAGGAUGUGUUUCUAAUGAACUCAAAAGACCCUAAAAAUCCAAUAGUCUAUGGAGUGUUUACAACUUCCAGCAACAUCUUCAAGGGGUCAGCAGUGUGUAUGUACAGCAUGACAGAUGUAAGGAGGGUGUUCCUUGGUCCAUAUGCUCAUAGAGAUGGUCCCAACUAUCAAUGGGUGCCUUACCAAGGACGUGUACCAUAUCCACGGCCAGGAACUUGUCCCAGUAAAACAUUUGGAGGCUUUGACUCUACCAAGGACCUUCCUGAUGAAGUCAUCACAUUUGCAAGAAGUCAUCCAGCAAUGUACAACCCUGUAUUUCCUAUCAAUAAUCGUCCAAUCACGAUCAAAACAGAUGUGGAUUAUCAGUUCACACAGAUAGUAGUAGACCGGGUCGAUGCAGAAGAUGGCCAGUAUGAUGUCAUGUUCAUUGGAACAGAUAUUGGGACAGUUCUUAAAGUGGUUUCAAUUCCUAAGGAGACUUGGCAUGAUUUAGAAGAAGUCCUGCUGGAAGAAAUGGCAGUCUUUCGGGAACCUACUGUUAUUUCGGCCAUGAAGAUUUCCACAAAGCAGCAACAACUCUACAUUGGCUCAGCUGCUGGAGUUUCACAGCUUCCUUUGCACCGCUGCGAUGUUUACGGAAAAGCAUGUGCUGAAUGCUGCCUUGCUAGAGACCCUUACUGUGCUUGGGACGGCUCUUCGUGCUCACGUUACUUCCCCACUGCUAAGAGGCGUACUAGACGACAAGAUAUCCGAAAUGGAGAUCCUCUCACUCACUGUUCUGACCUGCAGCAUCAUGAUAACCCAAGUGGGCAGAGCCUGGAAGAAAAGAUUAUCUAUGGAGUAGAGAACAGCAGCACUUUCUUGGAGUGCAGUCCAAAAUCUCAGCGUGCUCGAGUUUACUGGCAAUUCCAGAAGCAAAAUGAGGACCGAAAAGAAGAGAUAAAAGUGGAUGAUCAUUUCAUCAGGACAGAACAAGGCCUUCUGCUACGGACCCUUCAGCGGAAAGACUCCGGCAUUUACUUUUGUCAUGCCGUGGAGCAUGGCUUCUUGCAAACCCUGCUCAAAGUGACUCUGGAAGUAAUUGAUACUGAACACCUGGAAGAGCUGCUUCAUAAAGAAGACGAUGGUGAUGGCUCCAAGGUCAAAGAGAUUUCCAACAGCAUGACCCCUAGUCAGAAAGUCUGGUAUAGAGACUUCAUGCAGUUAAUCAACCACCCCAACCUCAAUACAAUGGAUGAGUUCUGCGAACAGGUUUGGAAAAGGGACCGCAAACAACGUCGGCAAAGACCCGCCAACGCCCAGGUGAAUACUAAUAAGUGGAAGCACCUACAAGAAAAUAAGAAAGGUAGGAAUAGGAGGACCCACGAAUUUGAGAGGGCACCACGGAGUGUCUGAGCUGCAUUACCUCUAGGAACCUCAUCCAAGUAAAAACUUGUAUAGACAGAUAACUGGAAAAAAAAUGCAAUAUACAUGAACUUUUUCAUGGCAUUAUGUGGAUGUUUACAAGGGUGGGAAGUUCAAACAAUUUCCACCAGAUUUAAAUAAAAUCAAUUUCUAACUUUCCUAGCAGACCUUCCCCCACCAAUCCCCAGACAGAGUUUCAAGGAUGAAAACUCACCCUGGACCUAGCUUAUUGCUCAACGAGUUCUGCAAAGAAUUCAUCAGAAAGGUUUUGCUUUCUCCUUUGCUCAAGAUAGAAAAGUGUCAUAUUUCAUGCUGCCAUUUAAAAAGAAAAUAAAAGAAAACCCACCUUUCAUCAGCUGCGCUACCUUUCCUGAACUUAACUGAAAAAACUGCAUGGACUAGCUAAGCUGAUCACCAUCCCAACAUUUAGAUGGAUGCAAGGCUUUUUUUUAUUUUAUGGCCUACCAGGUCUCUUGCUUAUAUGUACUGGAAAGGUAAAAACAAUACUGAAUGAGAUGGUCUGUGGAAAUCUGAACAGCACGAACCAGCCAGCAUCCAGAGGGAAAAAAAGAAAAAAAAGAGUGGAGUACACUGGCCUACUACUGAUGACUUCUUUCAUCUUUGAUUUAAAGAUGUAUUUUAUUAAAACUAUAAUUUAAAUGUACCAUGACGAAUAUGCAGUAAACGUUAGCUCUUUUCUAAAAUAGAAUAGGCUUUUUGUCUUAGAAAUAUUGUACUUUCUAAUUAUUGGUUUAAAGGGAAGAAAAACCAACAGCCAAUGACAAGCUGCUUUAUUCUCUUGUUUGGAAAUUCUUUCACGGCAGUAACACUGCAGCUAACCCUCUUGCCUCUCCCCUGACAUUCUUUUUGACAAGUAACUUCUAUGCUAUUUAACAUGAAAGUCUCUGUAUAGCAUGGAAGUUUUUGGAUUCUCUCUCCCCAAAAAUAUAGUACACCGGACCCACACUAGAAUGCGGGAUUUGGGAUCCAUGCAUGGUACCGCAUUAAUGCAGGGACAGCGUUAUAGAGGGGACUAUGUUAACAUUAAUUGCAAUUAAAGUAAUUAAAUUUGGGAUCCAUGGCUGCAACCAUGUUAUAUGCAAAUUCGCGCUAUAUAGACACAUGUUCUAGUGAGGUCCGUGUACAUGAAAAAAUUCGGCUUGAAUAAUAUCUUGAUACGAAUAGAUUGAACCAAUGAAGAGAAAAUCAUCUAAAUACUGUAGCUCAUACACGGCCAUUAAUCCAUGAGCAAAACUCCUGUUCAGUUCAGAAGGACCUUUACUCACAACUAAGUGGUAGGAUAUUGUCCAAAACUGAUUCUUAGGCCCUCUCUGCAUGGGGCCCUAGGGGUCCAUUUCACCUGUGGGUUGAGUCCCCUGCUGUUGUAAAUUGGCAUAUUGAAGUAUAUGAGGUUACAGCAGUGGAGAAUUUGGACCAGUAUCUAUUCAAUGGGGCUGCAGGAUAAAGUCAGAUACAGUGUAAUUGUACUAUAAGUAUCUCCAUUUUAAGGAUCUAUGAAUAAUGGUUUUGGUUCACCUCAGUAUAGAUAUGUCCCAGUUUUGUUGAAGUCCAUUAUCAGCUGUCCUCUCUCUCUUAUUUCACCCCACUAUGGUCUGUAAACUCCUCAUGGCAUAUAGAAUCAUAGAAUAUUAUGGUUGGAGGGGACCACAGGAGGUCAUCUAGUCCAACCCCCUGCUCAAAGCAGGACCAAUCCCCAGACAGAUUUUUGCCCCUGAUCCCUAAAUGGCCCCCUCAAGGAUUAAACUGCACAACCCUGGAUUUAGCAAGCCAAUCCUCAAACCACUGAGCUAUCCCUCCCCUCCCCAUAACUUUGAUUCAUGUCGGUGAGGAGAUUACUAGAGGCCAUGUGAUAUCCUUGGUUUGCUAUAAGAGCUUUAUAAAAGAGUUCCCCUUAUUCUGAGGUUAAUAACCAGCCUCUUUUACUGUUACUCACUGCUGCAUUUAUGAUUCACAAUAUUAUCUGCAUUCACGCAUACAGUGCAACACAACCUGCUGUGGCACAGCCUCUCUCACAGUGUGAUCCAAGUCUCUUUACCACUCAGUAAAAAACAAAACAAAAAAACGUAAUUCUUCUUCCUAAUUAGUGAAGUAUAGUUUCUAACAUGUAUAGCAAUGAGGUUUUCAUUAAGGGCCAGAUCCUAAAAGCCUUCUGUGUGGAACUUGAAUCAGUUUCAGAGACGUUGUGAACAUGGAGGGCUCAUUGGAGCUAAAUGUACUAAAGCAUCCAAAUUUGCUACUAUUUAACUAUUUAAAUCCCAGAUUCAGCAAAGAACUGAUGUGUUAAACUUGAAAGUAUGCACUUAAAUCCUUCUCUUUUAAGCAUAGCACUGAAGUAUAUGCUUAACUUGACUUCUAUGGGACUUAAGCAUGCUUAAAAUUAAGCAACAUGUGCAAAUGCUGUGCUGAAUAUGAUGAACUUAAGCAGGUGUUUAAGCAUGUACUUACAAGCUCUCUUGUAUCAGGACCCUACAUGAGCAUUAAUUUCUCAGCUAAGUGUUUGAAAUUCAUCACAGCCUACCAGCUGAAGUAUUUUGUUGUACUUAUAGAUCAUUGUUCAGCCUAUUAAGGCUACUUUGUAUCACCAAGUCAUUAAAAUUAUUUUAAACAUUUUCCCCUUUAGCAAAGAGGACUUCCAAAGGAGGAAAAAACUCUGACUUAAAUAGGCCCCAAAUUAUCCAAUCUGCUGCUUUGUAUGUUUAAUGGUUACUGUCACUUAUUAUUUUCCCCUCAACUGUGUUCCCUUUUAUAGCAGCCUAUUGAAAAGAAGAUUCAUUAGAGACUACAUUUGAAAACUGGCAUUCCUUCACAGAAAAAAAAAUCUCUGUAAAACAUCAUUCAUUCUGUAAGAGCAAAAUUACAGCAGCCAUGCGGUUUUGCCAUAUGAUAAAUGUUUUACUAUACAAAUAAAAGGGUCAGCCCCUGCAGAUUUCAGCUUACACAUACACUCCUGACAUAAUCAGUCCGCUUAAGUCUGUGCAUCUACUCGCAUAAGGAAAGGCUGAAACGAUCAGACCCAAAGAUGAAACAGUUGAUUUUCAGUUGAUGUUAACCAGAGUGCCCACAAACAGGAAUUUGUCUGAGUUACAACAGCAUCUGAUACUAUUUGAAAUUAACUGAUUUCAAAGACCAUAGGCUGUGACAAAUUUGUGCUUAGAAGGAUGACCUACAAUUUCGGUAUAGCUCACACAUCCUGUUUAUAUUUUUUCUUAAUAUGUCACAAUGUUGCAAAUAAAAGGAAACCAUCACUUCAAAUCACCAACAAAAACAUCUCUAAACCUCCAGUUCAAAGCUUUAGGUGAACCAAGUAGAAGGUUAUAUUUAAGGUGGAGAGAAAUAAAGGAUUUUGUUUAUAACCAGGAAACACCACUGAAAUAUGUUUAAAAAUAGAAAUUUGCAAGAUUUUUUUUUUUGAAUAUCAUCUUACUAAACUACCCUUGGCAUUUGCAUGGACUGCUGCAGAUGGGAGUUCAAUAGCCCAUAAUGACUGUAUGGUUAGGUUAAACUACAGUAUCAAGCUAAGAAACUGCAUAUUUGCAGAACAGAGUUAACCUUUGAUGGCCCAAAUGAAGUCACUAUGUAAAAAAAAAUUAAAAUGCAUGUGAAUGCGCAUUUAUGGAUCCUUUUAUAUGUAUUAUUUAGUGAAUAUCAAUGGUAUGUGUUUAAUAGUUCAGUUUUUGCUUCCUACACAUUAGCCAAGAGAGAUGUAAAUAUUUUUGACUAGGGUAAGGAGGUACAGUAUAAAGUACUGCUAUCUAGAGGUACUCCAUUUCAAUAUGUUCAACACAAGACUAAAAUGCAAGGUUUUGUCACACAGUUUAUAGGGUGGUUUAUUUGCUAUUUCGGUGCCAAAGUUAUGUGCCACUUCGUAAGCACAUUCCUCACUGGGUAGUAAAUAAUUCUACUUCCGUAUUUAUCACUGCAAUUCAGACGGGAACUAGAAAACUGGAGAGAAAAAUGUAAUGAAAC